AUGCUUUCGGAUUCUUCAUCAUCCACUUGUUCUUCAUCCUCAACCUGUCGGAAAGGCUCCGAUCUUGGAACGUUCAAGGAGGUGGGACGAAGAAAUCCGAGAGAGAUGAUUCAAAUACAAACACAAGAUGUUCAUGAUAUGUUUUACGAGUUGAGAAGGACGGAACAGCAAGCAAAUGAAAAGUUUUUUGUGAGAAUGCCCAAGUUAUUGCAAGCCAUGCAUGAGUUAGCUCAGGAACAAUAUCGAGUGUUGAGUGGAUAUAAUUAUAAUGCUCAUGUGGAGGAUAAUCCUUCUAUUCGGAAUGAAAUUCAAACGUUGAGAGAACAAGAGUUGCGUGAUCAAGAACGAAAACGGGAAAUCAAGGAAUUGUCAAAACAAAUUAAGGAAGAUCGAAAGCGAAUACUUCGAGAAGAAAAGAAGAAAAGGAAGGCAGAACGAAAGGAAGGACAAACGCCAGAGGAAUCAGAAUCAUCAAGAAGUACAGUGCAUUACAGAAAUGGUGUCAAGUUGGAAUAUUCAGAAAAGGAGAAUGCUGUGGGAAUGGACGAUGACGGAUUUAGAGGAGAAACUGAAGGAGUGUAUCAUGAAGUUGAAUUUGUGAAAAAAGAAAUGAGAGGCCAAGUUCAACCAUUCAAUGACGCCUUUUGUCCUCGCCAAAAUCCAAUGGAAGAACAACAGGACAUAUCAUCCCCUUCAUCAAUUUUAGAACAGCAAAGAAUGGAGAGAAAAAUUGGAAAACCUCUCAACAUUUAUCAAGCAAAGAGUCUUUCCAAAAAGAGAUGA